AUGCCAGUCAACUUCAUGAAGACGAUCAGCAUGAGCAGUAAUCUACAGCAUCCAUUCCCUUAUUGGCUGCUUGCUCUUAAACGCUCACAUUCUAACACGGCGCCGUUUGAGACCAUUAUCCUUGGUCUAAGCGGUACCGUUUCUACUGCCUUAAAAUCCCACAACAGAGCACCCCAUUCAGCCGAACCCCCUUCAUCCUCUCCUUUUCCAAACCCUAAGUCCUCAUUGAAACUGCCGAUUUCCCUUCCCUUCGCAGCAGCCAACAGAUUUGGGGUUGGAGAGAACGCCUUUCAGCCUUUUAGUCUCCUCCUAGCUUCGAUUUUAACAAAGCAAGAGGAGAUCCAUGGCAUGCUUUUGAGGUGCGGGUGUGCUGGCGCUCGGGUACGGGUGGUGCGUGAAGGCUGUACGGAGGUGCGCAGGGGGUCGUACGGAGGCGUGCUGGAGGCUAGGGCUGCGGUGUUCCUUGCUGCUAGGGUUCUGCCCUAUUUUCAAACCUUGGGCCACUUGGGUUAGUUGGGUAUUGGGCCACUAGAUUUGGGCUAGAGUGACUGUUUUGGGCUUGUAAUAGGACAUUAACUAAAUGGACUUUUUUGGAUUGUUAAUGUAUUUUUAUUCAUUUUGGUUUUGUUUUUAUACGGGCCCGGGCUAAAUUGGCCCAUUACACUAGACAUUCGGUUAUAUGUAAAACGCAACUUUAGAAGGAAAAAAGAUUUAAAUAAA